UUUUUGUUCUUAUUUUCGUUUUUUUGUUUUUAUUAUUCUUUAUUGUUCUGAUCAUAAUUUGUUUUGCUCUUAAAUUGUCGUAAAUUGUCCAUUUAUCGUUAAUAUACACCUAUUGAUGAAUAUCAGUUGAUCGCCUUGAAAGAAAAUUUUUCGUUUUCGAUUAAUUUCUCUGUGGAUUUUUUUUACUUUCAUUCUGCUUUUUUUUCAUCAUCUUCACCUUGACCAGUGAUUUUUGAUUUUCUGAAUUUUCUUGCCUUUUCGCUUCUUUUUUAUUGUGUGUGUUCAAUAAUUCAAUUCAUUUAAAACUCUACUUGAGACUAUCUAUUGGUUUCUAUUCAAUUGUUUACUCUAAACUCGGUGAAAGAGAGAAAGAGAGAGAGAGAGAGAGAGAGAGAGAUUCGGAAGCAAAGAGACAACAGUUUCUACGGGGAAUCCUUGGAAUUGGUAUUGAUUCAUUUAGUGACAAGCAAAUUGCUAUCAAAUUGAUUUGGUUACCAAGUAACUUUCUAAACAAUGGGUUUAAAUGAUGGUAUUAGUAAUAAAAAAAGUAACACCGAUCUGGACGAUGAAGGAGGUGUUAGUGUUGGUGAAAUUGGUGUAACAACAAUUGGAUCAACAGUUGGUGGUGUCGAUGAUAAUGAUGAUCUUACCAAUUUAACUUGGCUUCAAGAUCGUAACCUAUUGAAAAGUAUGACCUCAGUGACCAGUAGCGGAGAUAAAGGAGGAGGUAAAGGAAGAGAUGGAGGUGGAUUAAGUGAUUUACUUGAUGAUCAUUUUGGAACAGAUGAUUCAGAUUCUGAUGAUGCUUGUGGAGAUACUUUUACCAGUAAAGAUAAUAUUGUUCAUUUUAUCAAAGAAGAAAAUGAAAAUGUUUAUCCUGAUGAUGUUUGCUCUUCACCAGAAGAUGAAAGUUGUUCAAUUAACAAAGAUGAUGGUUCAAAUCUUCCCUGUUCAGUUCCACCGGUGCCAUAUAAUCCUAAAAUUCACAUUCACGCUAAGCCACCCUACUCAUUUAGCUCCCUUAUUUUCAUGGCAAUCGAAUCAUCCUCAUCAAAAGCAUUACCUGUUAAGGAUAUUUAUGCAUGGAUAGUUGAACAUUUUCCAUAUUAUCAAAACUCUCCCAGUGGUUGGAAAAAUACUGUUCGACAUAAUCUUUCAUUAAACAAAUGUUUCAAAAAACUGGACAAAGGAAAAGACGAACUUGUUCCCAUUGUUGGUAAAGGUUCCCUUUGGUGUGUCGACCCCGAUCUAAGGCCUAAUUUACUACAAGCUGUCCGACGAACUCCAGCUCACAUCUAUCCUUAUAUGUCAACAGCUAAAACGAACUUUAAAAUAACACCAAUCAAUGAGCUGACCUCUUCUAAAAAUCGAGGCUUAAAUGACUCUCGGAAGAUUUUAACUUUUGACCAAAUACCUCAAAUUGGAAACUCACCUUUGUUGGGCAAAAGAUUAUUGAUUCCAAUUAUAAAUCGAGAAUCUGAAGAAGCUGAUGCCGCUCAAUCGAUGUUAACCUUAACUCGUUACAAUUCAGAAGAGAGCAGAUCUUUAAUCACUGAUGUAAAAAGUGAACCAUCAGAUAAAACUCUUGAUGAUAAUGAUGAUGAUAAUUCAACAAUCUACAAUAAUCCAACUGAUGAUCAUAACUAUUUCAGCCGAUCUAAUGAAUCAAAGAAACAGAAUACUAAAUUAUUAAAUGAAGCUCAAAAAUCAAUCAACUCAGAAACAACAAGCACCACAAAAUUAACAACAACACCAUCAAUAAUCAAUCCAAUAAUUAGAGUAAUACCAACACCACCAACAUCCCUGACAAUACAAAAGCAAAACCAAUCAACAACUGAAUCUAACAAUUUAACGGAAAAAGUACCAAUUAACACUGAAAAUAACAAUAACAAUAAUAAUAAUGGCAGAAAAAGUCGAGGAAGCGUUUUAAUGAAAAGAAAAGUUGAUGUUAAUGAUGAGGAUGGACUCAAAGGAGCUCAAGCCUUACUUAAUCUGGCAACUCGAGGAUUAGAAGUAAAAACAAAAGAUGAUAAAACCAAUCAACUUGCACCAACAAUACACCAACAACAAUCAACAACGAUAACAUUACCACUUUCACCACCAUCCUCAGUGAAAAAUAUAAUUGAUAAUGUAACAAAAAAUUCAGUGGAUAUCAAUUCAAUUGGAAUGAUAAAAAAACGCCGAGAACGAAGCCAAGAUUAACCUUAAUCCCUGAAAACCUUUGGACAACAACAACUAUAACAAAUCCCUCAUUUAAGAAAAAAAUAUAAAUAUAUUAUUAUAAAUAUUGUUUUUGUUUCAUGAAUUCAACAUGUUGAUUCAUGAGUUUUUUUUAUAUUUCAAAAGACUCAAACUUAUCAUGAAAGAAGAAGGAAAAAAACAAGGAAAAGUAAAAAAAAGAGGAAUAUAUAUAUAUAUAUAGAAAUCAUUUCUUUCGAGUCAACCACAUCAUCGUCAUCAUUAUCAUCAUCAUCAUCAUCAAUAACAACAACAACAACACCUCCACACCAUGACUUGUAUCAUUUGGCCUGAAUUUGAGGUUUUGUUUUCCUUAUUCAACUUAUUAUAAACAAACAAAAACACUUUUUCUUAUACGAUGAUGAUAAUGAUUUCCAACGAUAUCGUUAAACUUUAAAUCGAACAAAAAAAAAGACAAAACAUGUAAAUAUGACAUGUCUUUUCUCUUCUUCAGCGUUUUUUGUUGUCUUCAUCUUCAUCUUGAUCAUCAUUCUAUUCAUCAUCUUCACCUUUCACCUUUGUUUUCUUCUUCUUCUUCAUCAUCAACUUCGCAAUAAAAAGCAAACAGAAAAUCUCAAACUUGGUACAAGAUAUGAAAAGAAACAGGAAAAGAUUAACAAUUAUAAAAUGGAAAAUACAACAAAGACAAUUAAUUAAACAGUUGUAAUAAAAGCUAACUGUAAACAAAAA